GCACAACAUGACGGUUUGAGAUAAGUAGCCAAUACAGCGAAAGAGCACGUUAUCCGCGAGCCUCCCACGAGCACGGCAGCAGUUGCAUGGGCUGCUUCUCGCGCCCCAACAAUAGAGUGCAUCACCGGACCAGGUCAAAUGCAAGUUUCACCCUUAUCCACCCGGAGAAUCCCUUUGGAAAAAGGUGCCUGGGUCCUUCUCCGCCGCCGCCUCUUUCAGCAGGAGUACAUUUGAUAUCAGAGACAGGACAAUCAUGGAUCUGACCCGGGGAUUUAAAUUCUUGGACACGGUGGCAUCCUUUGCUGUUCAGUGAGGAUGGGAAGAAAAUAAAGAGGGGAAUUUUAUCACACGUUUCAGGUAGAGGUGUCGCAGUAGAAGGAUGCCGCUGGUGAAGCGCACCAUCGAGCCCCGGCACCUGUGCCACACGGUGCUGCCAAGGAACAUCAAGAAUGAGCUGGAGUGUGUGACUAACAUCUCCUUGGCCAACGUCAUUCGCCAGCUCAGCAGCCUCAGUAAAUAUGCAGAGGACCUAUUUGGAGAGCUCUUCAACGAGGCCCACACCUUCUCUUUCCGGGUCAACUCGCUGCAGGAGCGUGUCGACCGCCUCUCAAUCAGCGUCACACAGCUAGACCCCAAAGAAGAGGAAUUGUCCCUUCAGGACAUCACCAUGAGGAAAGCUUUCAGGAGCUCCACUAUUCAGGACCAGCAGCUGUUCGACCGCACGUCACUGCCUGUCCCACUACAGGAGACCUUCCAGACAUGCGAGCAGCCACCGCCUCUCAACAUCCUCACGCCAUACAGGGACGAUGGGAAGGAGGGUCUUAAGUUUUACACCAAUCCGUCCUACUUCUUCGACCUGUGGAGGGAGAAGAUGCUGCAGGACACAGAGGACAAGAGGAAGGAGAGGCGGAAACAGAAGCUGGAAAUGCCUUAUCUCUUGUGUCCCAAUGGCCUCGUAAGAGUCCUCUCUGAAACCCCUCCUUCUUUCCUCAUUCCCUCAGAGUUGCAGGACCCCCGCAUGUAUGAUCAGGUCUAUAGGUACUUAGACCUCCCAGGGCAGCUGAAGGCCAUAGAUCGUCCACCGGAGCCAGAGAAGGUCCCGCGGGCACCUCACGACCGUAAAAAAGAGUGGCAGAAACUCGCUCUGGGUGCAGAGCUCGCCCAGGACAUACCUGAAGACAAACACAGGGAGGCUAACGGAUCUGCAGGUUAUCACGACAACAGGGCUCCUCUGUACAUGGAACAUUUGGAUGGGCCGUUCUCUCUGGCGGCUCUGCCCUACAGCCAGAUGAACGAGCUGCUGAACCGAACUGGAGACAGAAUGUAUUCACGGCCCGACGGCCCUCCACCACCUCCACCUCUCAUGCACCCGCUGGGGGAGAUCAAGCCUCCUUCUGUGAUCAGUUCGGGUUCAGGUUUUUCAGACAGCAGACCUCAGUCUCCCGCCCGGACAGCAGGACUCAACUCCAACACUCCUCCUCCACCGCCUCCCCCUCUGCCACCUCCGCCUCCCCCAUUACCCUCCUCAGGCCUUCGAGGUACCCCCCCUCCUCCCAUCCCUCCUCUACCAGUCCAGCAGCAGCCUCCAGCCAUACCGCCUCCCCCUGCCCCACUCCAGAUUGCCCCGGGCGUGCUCCAUCCGGCCCCUCCACCUGUGGCGCCACCCCUUCACUCCUCCUCCCCGGCUCGACACCAACAGGUCCUGGACAGGGGCCAGUCUACAGGCUCUGGGACACAGUCAGACGGCACCAUUCUGCCUCCUCCACCGCCACCUCCUCCUUUGCCUCUUCCAGGAGCACGAAGCUCCUCGCCCUGUCCAUCAGGCCCUCCACCUGUGCCUGCCUUCCCCUCAGCAGGAGCCAUGGCCUCCCCACCCCCCCACACCAUGCACGACGUGGGGAGCAAGAGACACCACCCAGCCAAUCUGCCACCCAUCAGCGACGCACGCAGUGUACUGCUGGAGGCCAUCCGAAAAGGCAUACAGCUGCGCAAAGUGGAGGAGCAGCGAGAGCAGGAGGCUAAGCACGAGCGUGUGGGCAAUGACGUGGCUACCAUCCUGUCCCGCCGCAUCGCUGUGGAAUACUCUGACUCUGAAGACGAGUCUGAGUUUGAUGAAGGAGACUGGAUGGAGUGAUGGCAAUCACUGACAGACCAGAAAAAAAAUCUAUACGGUGUUGGAGGCAGAGGACAGACUGGUUCAGGCGCCCCGCCCCUUCAACCCUGCACUCCACACCUCGCCAUCAAAGACUCGUGUGUUCUCUGGAAAGAAGCGAAAAUGUUGUUGUCGCCCACUUUCCCCCUGUGUGGAGCUUUUUUAUCUCUGUCUUGUUGUUGUUUGUGUUGGGAGGAGAAUCUCCAUGUCGCCCUCGUCUGUCUCUCUAGUGUUCAAAGAGAAGUUUCUUUUCUGCACUACCACAUGACUUUAUUUUUCUGCUGGAUUUCUGGUGAUGAAGUCCUCCAUGUUUACUGUUGUUAUACAUGACGAUGACUUUUUGAAGAACCACUUGUUUUUGUUUCUUAUCUGUGUGUCUAUGUGUGGAAAAAAAGAAAACCUUAAAGGAAAACAAUGAAGGCAUGUUGCAUUUAUCCUUAGUUCUGCAGCACAGUUUUGCCACCUGGUGGCUGAACAUGGCAUUGAAUGAAUGCAGUUUUUUUUUUUUAAUCAUCUUUAUUUGACCUUUUUUCUGCUGAGACAUUUUGUGGUUUUAACAGGCCAGUUGUUUUUAAUACUGACCACUACAUGAACACUCACUCCAGCUGGGUUAUCUUCUGUUUUCUCUUAUGUCAGGAUGUAUUUUACCAUGUAGAACAAGCUAAAGAUUGUGUCAGUGUGUUAUGUGAUGAUUGCUGUAUGGUUGAACAUGGAGAUGGGGAAGAAUAUGGCUGCUUCAGCCAUGUGUGUGCAUAUCCAUCCACUUAUAUCUAACUUUAACCCCAGGGAAAUGUAUGCCAAGAGAUAGGGAUUUUUCUGUGUAGGUUCUCAGGAGCCAUCGGUUUUUAGUUUAUGAGCUCCCAUCUUUUACUUGAUUCAUUGCCAUAGAAAUGGACUCUGGAGGUGGUUUAGUUUUGUAGCUCUACAUCAGAUUUCCUGCCUCUCUUUUUGUCACUGAUGAAUAUUCAGAGUGCCGAGGAAAAAAAAAAAAAACUUUGAAAAUUGAAAAGGUACCCUUGAUAAUGAGAGUCCGACCAACACCAGGUACGAACCACUCAUCACCGCUGAAGGCAGCUCUUCCCUCAGAUGUUUUCACUUUGUACCUGCCGCUAACGAGACGCCUUACCUCGUUUUGGUUCUUAGCAGCAACUUUUAUUCAAAAGAAUCCACUCGGUGUGUUUCUGCCUUUCAAGGAGGAGGAUCCAUUAUGCCUUGUUUUGGCUCAUUUCAAAGAAAAUGUCUGCCAUCCUUUUCCAUUUGUUCUCUUUCUUCUACUUGCCUUAUUGUUCCUACAAAACGUAUCGUUAAGUUGAUGAAUGUAUUGUGCUGUUACUACUUACUUGCCUGCGCUUGUAUGGAUUUGCUGUUUCUAUGUUCGGGGU